UGUAUAGAAGAAGGAAUGGGAGGCAGACGACGGAGAAGAAGAGGAAAUGACGCAGUUUGUGUGGAUGUGGGAUCUCCGGUGAUGGAUGAAAUCGGUUCUCCGGUGGGUCCGCGGUCCAGCGCCUCGGUUCUGUCCUCCGUCCGAACCGACACCAUCGAAUCUCUUACAGACCUGGAAGACCUGGAGCGGGUUUAUGCUCAGCUCUGUGCUGAAGAGGUGGAGGUGCAGAAGGAGUUGCAGGUUCUUUCUGGACAACAGAGCAGCAUUGAAACUAAGAUGCUCGCUCUACAGAGGAUCGGGCCCAACCUGCAGCUGAUUGAAGGAGAUGCCACACAGUUAUCCGGGAUGAUCAACUUCACCUGCAGCCUGGCAGAGAACGUCAGCAGUAAAGUCAGACAGUUGGACCUCACUAAGAAAAGGCUGUACCAGGCGAUCCAGCGCGCUGACGAUAUUCUGGAUUUAAAGUUCUGCACAGACGGCGUUCAGACGGCUCUCCGCAAUCAGGACUACGAACAGGCCGCCGCCCACAUCCACCGCUACCUGUCUCUCGACCAAUCGGUGAUCGAGCUGAGCAGGCAGGGUGGAGAGAGCACCGCAGUCGAUGCCAGUCUCGCUUUACUGCAGGAGGCGGAGCUUAGUUUGAAAGCUCUGGUUACUAAGCGACUAGAGGAAGCGGUCGCCACGGGCGACCUGCCUCAGGUUGAACGCUUCUUUAAAAUCCUCCCUCUGCUGGGCCUUCAUGAGCAGGGACUCGCACAGUUUGCUCAGUACCUCUGCAGUCAGUUGGCGAGUAAAGCAGAGGAGAACCUGCUCCUGGCUGUAGGAUCUGACGUCAGUGACCGUCGUGCGCCGAUGAUCUUCGCUGACACACUCACACUACUGUUGGAGGGUAUAGCUCGGAUCGUGGAGACGCACCAGCCCAUAGUGGAGACGUACUACGGCCCGGGAAGACUCUACACACUCCUCACGCACCUUCAGAAAGAGUGUGACACACUGGCGCAGAAAGUGGUGGAGAAGUUCAUCCAGCAGAGAGGCUAUCACAACAAAUUCCAGGUUGUUCAGAGCAGCAUGAUGAGGGGCACGUCUACGGACAAGAUCGAGCCGAGAGAGCUUGACCCCGUGUUAUGUGAGGUCACCCUGAUGAACUCGAGAGCUGAACUGUACCUGCGCUUCCUGAAGCGCCGCAUUACGGCAGAUUUUGAAGUCGCAGACGCAACCGCAGCAGAGUCCGUAAUCCGAGAGCAUCAGCAGUGUUUAGAGCGAUUGCUGAAGGAUUGCCAACUCAGUUGCAUCAUGCAGGAGCUGAUUGGUUACUACAUCCCCAUGGAGGAGUACUACAUGAGAGAGACUGUGAAUAAGGCGGUCGCUAUGGAUGCAGCUGAGGCGGGGCAGCUGAACUCCAGUAUGGUGGACGACGUGUUUUAUAUCGUGAAGAAGUGCAUCAGUCGAGCGCUGACCAGCGGCACCUCGGACUGCGUGUGUGCGAUGAUUAAUCACGCCAUCAGCGUACUCGAGACGGAUUUCAGGGAGGUGCUGGUGACAAAACUGAGAGCCGGUUAUCCAGCCAGCACUCUGCAGGAUCUACAUCGUGGUGUCACCAGCGCUGUGAGUCUGAUGCAGAGCAGCUUACAGCAGGGAAAAAUCCAAUCUCUAGGCAUCGAGAGUCAGGAACAAGCCAAGACCGCUUAUCUGGUGACUCUGAAUAACGUGCAGGUCUGCAGCGAGAACAUCAGCACUCUGAAAAAGAACCUGGAGAGUGAUUGUGCCAAGUUGUUCAGUCAGGUAGCCGGUUCAGAACAAGCUCAGGCGAAGAUAGACAGCUGUCUGUCCGACUUGGUGAACACAUCAAGCAAGCUCAAGGAUCUCCUCCAGGAGGGUCUUCAGGAGCUUAAUAACACAGCUAUCAGACCACAGGUGAAACCGUGGAUCAGCAGCUUCCUGUCUAUUUCACACAACAUCGAAGAGGAGGAGUUUAGCGAAUACGAGGCGAACGAUCCGUGGGUUCAGCAGCUGGUUGUGCAGCUAGAGCAGCUCAUGGCUGAGUUUAAGGCCGGCUUGUCUCCCGUCAUCUACGACAUGCUAACCAGCCUGAUGACCAGCCUGAUUGCCAUGGAGCUGGAGAAGACCGUCUUUAAAUGCAGCUUCAGCAGGUUGGGCGGUCUGCAGUUUGAUAAGGAGUUGCGUUCGUUGGUCGCUUAUCUCUCCUCUGUCACCUCGUGGACAAUUCGUGAUAAAUUUGCUCGCCUCACUCAGAUUGCAACGAUCCUCAAUCUGGAGAGGGUGUCAGAGAUCCUGGAUUAUUGGGGCCCGAACUCGGGGCCACUGACAUGGCGUCUGACUCCAGCUGAGGUUCGACAGGUCCUGGCGCUCAGAGUGGACUUUCGCAGCGAGGACAUCAAAAGACUCCGCCUUUAAAACAGCACUAAAACUUACUGGAUCAUUUUUAGUUAUUUAUGACUGUAAUUAAAAAAAAUGGGUGAAUUGAGUAGGGGUUUUUUUGUUUGUAUUAUAGCUUGAUAAUAAAUGUUACAUUCAUUUAAAAGA